CGAGAAGCCUGUGGUGCUCCGCGUGGAAGCGCCUCGCGGGGGCUGGGCGGGGGGGACGCGCGCCGAGGAGGCCUGGACCGCAGAGUGGGGGGUCUUCCUCCCCCCGCCCCCCGCCCCCCGCCCCGCCAGCGGGCCUUGGCGUCCGACCUGGAGCGGGGCCGCGCCUAGCGUGAGUCCCGGCCUUCGCCCGCGGGGACCGGGGCCAAGCGCCCGCAGCCCGGCGUCGCGGGAGCUCUGAGAGCCAAGUUCGCGGCGGGGAGGCGGCCUCGGGCGCGCCGGCUGCUCGGGGGGGGGGGGGCGGACGCGCAGAUGGCCACUCAGGUGGAGCCGCUGCUGCCGGGGGGCGCCCCGCUCCUGCAGGCCGAGGAGCACGGGGGCCUGGUGAGGAAGAAGCCGCCGGUGCCGGCGCCCGAGGGCAAAGGAGAGCCCGGGGCCAACGACGUCGGCGGGGGCGAGCCGGACGCCGGCGCCCGAAGACCGCGGCCGCCCUGCGCCAAGCACCCCCGGGAGGCCGGUGGGCCUCCGGGUCGCGAGAGCCCGGCCGGCAGCGACGGCGAGGAGGGCAGCGGCGAGCCGGGCGGAGGGGCGCCGGGCGCGGCGCGCCGGGACUUCGUGGAGGCCCCCCCGCCCAAGGUGAACCCGUGGACCAAGAACACGCUGCCGCCCGGCCUGGCCGCGGUGAACGGACAGUCGCCUCCAGAACAUUCUGCUCCAGCCAAGGUGGUAAGGGCAGCAGUUCCUAAACAGCGUAAGGGCAGUAAGGUUGGUGACUUUGGAGAUGCCAUCAACUGGCCCACACCUGGAGAGAUAGCCCACAAGAGUGUACAGCCACAGUCCCACAGGACUCAACCUGCUCGAAAGCUGCCUCUGAAAAAAGACAUGAAGGAACAGGAGAAAGGAGAGGGGAGUGAUAGUAAAGAGAGCCCGAAAACGAAGUCGGAUGAAUCUGGGGAGGAGAAGAAUGGGGACGAGGACUGCCAGCGAGGGGUGCAGAAGAAGAAAGGGAACAAACACAAGUGGGUUCCAUUGCAAAUAGACAUGAAGCCUGAAGUGCCCAGAGAGAAGCUGGUCCCACGCCCUGUUCGUCCCCCAGAGCCUCGACACACUCCUGUUGGCCGAGGGGAGAUCAAAGGCUCUGAACCUGCUGCCUAUGUGCCCACUCCUGUGGCACCCCCGGCCCCAGCCUGGCAACCAGAGACCAAAUCUGAGCCUGCCUGGCAUGACCAGGACGAGACGUCGAGUGUGAAGAGUGAUGGAGCUGGUGGGGCACGGGCUUCCUUCCGAGGCCGGGGACGGGGCCGUGGUCGUGGACGAGGACGUGGCCGGGGAGGUGCUCGAACCCAUUUUGACUACCAGUUUGGCUACCGAAAGUUCGAUGGUGCAGAGGGGCCUCGUACUCCCAAGUACAUGAACAACAUCACCUACUAUUUCGACAAUGUCAGCAGUACGGAGCUUUACAGCGUGGACCAGGAGCUGCUUAAAGACUACAUCAAACGCCAGAUUGAAUAUUACUUCAGUGUGGACAACUUAGAGCGAGACUUCUUCCUGCGGCGGAAAAUGGAUGCAGAUGGUUUCCUCCCCAUCACUCUGAUUGCUUCUUUCCACCGUGUACAGGCCCUUACUACUGACAUUUCACUCAUCUUUGCGGCUCUCAAGGAUAGCAAAGUGGUAGAGAUAGUGGAUGAGAAAGUCCGCAGAAGAGAGGAGCCAGAGAAAUGGCCUCUUCCUGGCCCCCCAAUAGUAGAUUACUCCCAGACUGAUUUCUCCCAGCUUCUGAACUGCCCUGAGUUUGUGCCCCGCCAGCACUUCGAGAAGGAAACAGAGUCAGCGCCUGGCUCUCCCCGUGCAGUCACCCCAGUACCAACCAAACCAGAGGAGGUCAGCAACCUUAAGACACUGCCCAAAGGCCUGUCUGCCAGCCUACCCGACUUGGAUUCUGAAAACUGGAUUGAAGUGAAGAAGCGCCCCCGACCCUCCCCAGCACGGCCCAAGAAGUCUGAGGAACCUAGGUUCCUUCACCCAAGCUCCUUACCACAGCAGCUGCCCUCUCAGCAGCCACCGUCCAAGGAUCAGGAUGAGCAGGAAGAGCUGGACUUCCUAUUUGAUGAGGAAAUGGAGCAAAUGGACGGACGGAAGAAUACCUUCACCGCUUGGUCUGAUGAGGACUCUGACUAUGAGAUUGAUGACCGGGAUGUCAACAAGAUCCUCAUUGUCACCCAGACACCACCAUACAUGCGCCGGCACCCAGGCGGGGAUCGUACAGGCAACCACACCUCGCGUGCAAAGAUGAGCGCUGAGCUGGCCAAGGUCAUUAAUGAUGGGCUCUUCUACUAUGAGCAAGACCUGUGGACUGAGAAGUUUGAGCCUGAAUAUUCUCAGAUCAAGCAAGAAGUUGAGAACUUCAAGAAAGUCAACAUGAUAAGCCGAGAACAGUUUGACACGCUAACCCCAGAGCCCCCCGUGGAUCCCAACCAGGAGGUCCCACCUGGACCACCCCGCUUCCAGCAAGUUCCCACUGAUGCCCUGGCCAACAAGUUGUUUGGUGCUCCUGAGCCCUCUACCAUUGCACGCUCUCUACCCACCACUGUCCCGGAGUCACCAAACUACCGCAAUGCCCGGACCCCCCGGACCCCUAGGACUCCGCAGCUCAAAGACUCAAGCCAGACACCACGGUUUUACCCAGUAGUGAAGGAAGGACGGACGCUAGAUGCCAAGAUGCCUCGAAAAAGAAAGACAAGACACAGCUCCAACCCACCCUUGGAGAGUCAUGUGGGCUGGGUGAUGGACUCCCGAGAACACAGGCCCCGGACAGCCUCCAUUAGCUCUAGCCCCUCUGAAGGGACACCUGCAGUUGGCAGCUAUGGGUGUACCCCUCAGUCUUUGCCCAAGUUCCAGCAUCCUUCCCAUGAGCUGCUCAAGGAGAACGGCUUCACGCAACAUGUCUACCACAAGUAUCGUAGGCGCUGCCUUAAUGAACGAAAACGCUUGGGCAUCGGCCAGUCUCAGGAGAUGAACACUCUCUUUCGCUUCUGGUCGUUCUUCCUCCGAGAUCACUUCAACAAGAAGAUGUAUGAAGAGUUCAAGCAGUUGGCUCUGGAGGAUGCCAAAGAAGGCUACCGAUACGGUUUGGAGUGCCUUUUUCGAUACUACAGUUAUGGCCUGGAAAAGAAGUUCCGGCUAGACAUAUUCAAGGAUUUUCAGGAAGAAACCAUGAAAGACUAUGAAGCUGGCCAACUCUAUGGGCUAGAGAAGUUCUGGGCCUUCUUGAAAUAUUCCAAAGCCAAAAACUUGGAUAUUGACCCCAAACUUCAAGAAUACCUCGGAAAAUUCCGACGUCUUGAAGAUUUCCGAGUGGAUCCCCCCAUGGGUGAGGAGGGAAACCACAAGCGACACCCGGUGACAGCAGGAGGUGGCGGCAGUGAGGGCAGGAAGCGGUGCCCUUCCCAGUCUUCUAGCAGGCCCACCACCAUCUUCAGCCAACCCCCUACACCACCCACCAGCCAGCCUGUCCGGGAAGAUGCCAAAUGGACAAGCCAGCACUCGGACACACAGACUUUGGGAAAGUGAAACACCCCUUAAGCUCUCGGGUUUGGGGAGAUGGGAGGAAGGUUAGGGUGGGUGAUAGUCCAUGGGGGUGCUCAGUCCCAGCAGAGGGGGAGAUAAGGGACAGGCCUGGAGUCCUUGGGGCGGGCCUUCGCGCAAAGUAGCAGUGUGUGCACCAUUUGGGCUUUUAGAGGUCCCUUUGGGUCGGAGCCUCCACACCCCCUCCUUCCUCUAUUCAUGACUCUCCUUUACAUCCUGGCUGCUUCAGGGGGUGGGGUGGGGUAGGGUGGGGUGGGGGGAGAUUUUUAUAUAUAUAUAUAUAUAUAUACAUACAUAUAUAUAUAUCAAGUUUUAAAUUAUUGAUAGUUUGUCUGGAUUACCAAAAUCACUCUGCAGCCCUGUCUGCGGCUAGGUGGCCGCAACCCUGUUCCCCACCCAUGACCUCUUUUUCUUCCCCUUGAACCAACUAUGCAGCCCACAAGAAGGCCCUGUGGGCCCCACUGCCCAGCACUGUCCCCUGAGAAGUAUCUGCCAGUGCCCUGGGCCCAGAAGCACCAGUCCCUGAUCAUCAGGGCGUGCAUCACUGAAUUCUCUCCCUGCUGUCCCUCCAUGCCCUUCUGCCAUCUUCUGGGAGAAGGUAACCAAAGGAUCUAAUAGCUGGGGUUGGAGAUAGGCUUUGGCCUUUCUCACCUCCUCUCCCCAUACCCCUCAGUCCCCAGCCCAGAGAGACGCUGCUCAUACCAGAAAAGACUAUUGAAAGAUGAUUUAUUUUAUUUUUCUCUGACCUUUCCAACCUUGUAAAAACAGAAAAGGGAAAAAAAAAAAAAAGAAAGAAAGAAAAUCAACUGUAAAAGACCAAAAAAAAAAAAAAAAAUCAGAAAACCCCCACCUAAUUCACAGAAGUGAUGUCUUUUUCCUGCCCUUGGAAUUUUUUUUGUUUGUUUGUUUGUUUUGUUCUUGGAAAUAAUAUUUUUUUAAAAGUUGCCUUAUGUGGAGCGGGAAUCAAAUACCCAAAUGCCUGUUUUCCUGGCUGGCGCCACCUCACAACUCCGCCUUCUCUGGACGUGCCUGGACUGGAUGGCUAGACUUUGUCUGGACUGAGUUGCAUGUACAGCCCCAUCCCCACCCCCUGCCUAGAGGCAAGAAAGUUGGGACGGCCCAAGUCAGGCCCGAAUCCCCUGCUGUUGCAUCGUAUGAGCUGACGUCCUGUGUCUGUACUCUGCUGCCACUGUCGUGCCCUCACUCUGCUUGCUGUUGCCUCGCGCCAGGCCUGUCCUGCCGUGACCCCUUCGUUCUGCCCUGGGAGCCCCACAUGCCAUGUUUGCUUCAGACUGUUGGAGAAGAAUGUUGGCUGGAUCUAGGACUUGCUUGUCUCAGCUUGGCUGUCCCCACCACCUCGGGGCGGUUGGGCAGCUGAGCCUUGAACUGCUUCGCACAUUGCCCCGAAAGAUCUGAGCCUUCAAGGAGCUCUGCCUCAGGAAAGGUGGGAACCAAUGGCCACCUCCUCCCUGGGGUUGCCUGGGUUCCCCAUCUCACAUUCCCCUCUGCAAGCCAUCACUGCAUACCCUCCAGCUGACCCUGCUUGGGAAAGAGGAAUGAGGAAGAGUCAAGGUUUGGAGACCCUACCCAGCUGGAGGUGCCCUUGGGCAGGAAGGUAUAUGUGGACAUAGAGUAUACCAGACUUCUCUUCUCCAGCUGUUGACUGCUUGGGUGGGGCUCUGACCAUGAUGAAUGGUUGGAGUCUCCUGACCCCAUGGACCAGCCUCAGAGACCGGGUGUGUCGGGUGUGUGACAUGCAUCACCCACAUAGCAGCCUGGUAUCAUGGGGAUAAGAUAGUGCACUGCUAUUGCAUCUCCUUGGUCCUCUUACACCCACUUCCUCAAGUCUGAAGGCUGGUGGUGAGGAACGAUAUGCCAGACCUGCACUGCUUCUGGCCAGCACCCUCACCCAUCUGUCCCCUAUGGUUAGAGUGGGAAGCCCAUCUUGGUUUGUGCUGGUGUUUGGAAAGUCAAGGCCACUGUCUUCUCUGCUCUGACUAUGGGGUCCUCCCCUGCCUGUCUGGUGCCUACUCUCUUGUACCUGACACUGGACACCCAGACCCUCCUUAUCCACCUCUUACCCAUCUUUCUUUAGGGUCGCUUAGCCCCAUACUCUAUCCAGCACCACAGGAACUUCAUUGUUGGUCUUCCAUGAGAUUUGGGUGUGCACAAAAGCCUUGAAGUAUGGGGAAGACUGUUUUUAUCAAGUUUGUUCCCGGGCCAAGGGGCUGCCAUCCUCACUGAUCCUCCCCAUGGACACUCUAGAAAAAGGAAGCUUCUUUGGAGUGGGGAGGUGAAAACUUCAUCUCAACAUAGGUUUGUUUGAGGGGGGCUUUUUCUUUCUCUUCCUUUUUCCCUUUUUUGUAACAUGUUAGGAGUUAAUGUUGCAAAGAGUAGUUUACAUCUUUACCUUCUGAAGACACUUGAAUUUAGGACCGAUGUAUCUGUGACAAGCAUGCCAGGAGUGGCCAGUGUUACAGGGGCUAGCCACUUUCCACCACCAUCCUCCCAUGGGGAUCCAAGAUCUGAGACACAGAGCAACAGCCUGCCCAGUCCUAUUAACCAUGCACCCUUUGAGAUUAGUCCAUUCAGCAUAAUCCUGGGCACCCCAUGUCAAGACGGUCUGUGUGUCUCAGCCCUGCUAAGGGGUCCAUCCUCUUUUGCCCUCUCCUGAACCUGGGGGCAAAUGCAUCACCAGUGAAGAGGGGCCCUGCUCCUUUGGGAUCUGGACCCAAGCUCAUAUCCAGGUGCUGAGUCCCAAGUCAAAAUUAUUACAUUUUGUUCUGUUGCAUUGUAACUUCUCCCCCACCCCUUUCCUGAUAAUUAAUUUUGGAAAAGAAAGUAAACUGCCCAGAAGACGAAAUAAUGGGAGUGGUUUUCUGCCAGAAGUCUGUGUAGAGUGGUCUGGAUAAUUUGAUACCCUAUUCAGUGUGACCCCAAAGUAUCUCACAUGUGGAGGGACCUGGGGUUUGUCCCCACCCCCCUCCCUUUAGUCAUAUCAGUGACAGCGGCAGAGAAGACCAGAAUGUACAGCCCAUUUCUCACGGGAGAGGAAAACGUGUCAUCUGGCUUUGCGGAGAAGGUUCCUCCUUAUGCUCAUAGUACAUUAUCUUUACCAUGUGCUAGAAUAUCACAUUUAAAAGGACAAAAAAAAAAAAGGAAAAAAUGUAAAAUACUUGAAUGAGCUUGUAUUAUAACAUUAAUAUUAUUGAGAGUAUCUGCUUUCCAGGCUGAAGUGAUUCAUUCAUUAUUCUAGUCCUGCUUUAGUCCUUUGUAAUUUGUGGUAAUUAUGCUUUUCUUUUUAAUACAAAAAAAUGUAUAAAAAUAAAAACUUGAAAAGGCAAAAA